CGGCGGGAGUAGAAGAGUUGGAGACGGAUCUCCUCCAAUGAAUGGUCCGUAUUCCAUUUUCAACUCCAAACACAGCGUUGUUUCUUCUGCCUUCCAGUCUCCAUAAUCUAAGCCUCUUCCUAAUUAAACCAUGCCGAUUGGAUUAUUUCUCUGCCUUCUUUGCUAUUAAUUUACAAUCUGCCAUCCAAUGGCGGAUGGAUCAUGGAAGAGGAGGCAGUCUAAGCGGUCGAAUUUCAAGACCUCCGCAGCCAUGGCUUCUCGGCCUUCUUCUCGACCUUUCCGUACCCCUAGAAGUACUGCCCUGCUGGUUUCGAUUUGCCUGAUCUUCUUUAUUGUUCUGGUCUCCGGCAUUUCUCUGAAUGCAUUGCGUAGAUCGGCCAAAUAUGGAGUUCAAUCGCCAAUAAUUUACUCUAUUGAGGUGGUCAAUGAAUUUCCUCACGAUCCUAGAGCCUUCACUCAGGGACUGGUUUAUGUAGAAAAUGACACACUGUUUGAGUCAACUGGCCUCUAUGGACAGUCGUCGGUUCGAAAAGUCGCUCUCUCUACUGGGAAGACCGAGGCUCUUCACGAGAUGGAUGCCUCUUACUUUGGGGAAGGCUUAACACUUCUUGGAGAAAGGCUGUUUCAAGUAACUUGGUUGAAGAAAACUGGUUUCAUAUAUGACCAAAACAAUUUAAGCAAAGUUAAGGAAUUCACUCAUCAAAUGACUGAUGGUUGGGGGUUGGCAACAGAUGGAAAAAUUUUGUAUGGAAGUGAUGGGACAUCAACAUUAUAUCAGAUUGAUCCAGAGACAUUUACAGUUACAAAUAAAUGGGUUGUGAGUUAUCAAGGAGAUGAGGUGUAUAACCUCAAUGAGCUGGAAUUCGUCAAUGGAGAAAUCUGGGCAAAUGUUUUUAUGACUGAUUGCAUCGUCAGAAUCUCAAUAGAAGAUGGAAGUGUGCUUGGAUGGAUUCUCCUCCCAUCUUUAAGAAGGGAAUUGUUGCAAAAGGGGAAACGAAUUGAUGUUCUAAAUGGCAUUGCAUGGGAUAGCGGCAAAAAUCGCCUUUUUGUGACAGGAAAGCUAUGGCCAAAUCUCUUCGAAAUCAAACUGCAGCCAUCAAAGGAGCAUUAUACUGUUAAAGAGAUAAAGCAGCUUUGCUUGCGUGAGCCAAUUACAUUUUGACUAGCUUUGCUCAGGAUAGCUAUCUACGUCCA